GACACUUUUGGAACUGCGCGUUUUUUUAAUCUCCGCUAAUGAGGUAUGAACACUCUCGGUUGUCUAAUCGAAUGGGUGUCGGAGCGCUGUUAUUAUGUUCAUCGUACUUGUUGGGAUAUAUUAUAAAAAAGGACCAGCUGUUAUUGAAAAUCCCAGCUGGCUGAUUGGACGUUUCGUGCGCUCCAUGGUGUAACAGGUGUCGGUGUAGUAGUAGCGGCGUGCGGGCUUGCGAGCGUUCGCAGGUGACCAUGCCUCAAUACACGGAUCUCAUUUCGUAGGUUGUCUCGGGCCUGGAGCAGUGAUGGACUAAUGGAUAGAACCACCACGCUGCUUUUACCUGCGUACGUCUUCUUUGUGCUUUAUCUGACGACGUCCGUCAGAGGCAAGUCAACCCAGAGUUAUUUCAUACCUGGUAAAGACUGCAAUGAGUUCUACACGCACCUUGACGGGGCGCUGGUGGUGGGUAAGGGGCUGGCGGGCUACACGGGGGUCUGCGACAUCACGCUGUCGACGGGCGGGGACCUGCUGUGGAUGCUGUACGCCAAGGACAUGUCUCUCUUCAACUGUCAGGUGUCCCUCACCAUCUUCACCGUCAACGUCAACGGCGACAGGAAGCUCAGAACGCUGGAGUUCAUGUGCGCCAGUGCAUCCCCGGGUGUGGUUCCACUCAACAGUUCCAUAGUAACCGUGAGAUUGCAUCACCAUAACCAGACGAACUACCACUUCCGGUUAAUAUUCACAGCCAGGCGACCAAAGUAUUCUUGCGAAGACUUCCGUUGUGAUAAUGGGUAUUGUGUGUCACGUGACGUUCUCUGUGACGGAGUGGACAACUGUUUUGACGGAAGCGACGAGUCAGUUAACAGAUCGACUUAUUGUGGAGUGUACGACCCGUUCCCCGGGGAGAACUUCGCUGUGCUCAUCUCAGUGGUGGGCGGCAGUAUCGUGUCCCUGAUGGUGGUCGCCUGCUGCAAGAUGUGCAGACAGAGUCAGCAGGACGCGCAGAGACACGAGAUGUUCGAGUAUGCACACGCCUCUAAAUACGGGUUUCUGCGCACCCCCAGUAUUCGCCAGCCUGCCAAGGCGAACGAACACAAACAGAGCCACCAGCACCAUCACAGAACUUACGAAGAUGUAGAUACGGAACCAGAAUUCUAGCAAUUGUCAGCUUGCCCACCAUUUUGCCUUACUGUCGGUACCAGUUACGUGACUGCGAGACCUUUGAUUUGUGGUACAGUGUCCAAGAGAUGUCCAGUGUGGUACAUACAGUGUCCAAGAGAUGUCCUGUGUGGUACAUACAGUGUCCAAGAGAUAUCCAGUGUUGUACACACAGUGUUGAAGAGGUGUUCAGUGUGGUACAUACAGUGUUGAAGAGAUGUCCAGUGUGGUACAUAUAUUCUUGAUGGUCAAGAGAUAUCCAGUGUGAUUAAUACCGCCAGGUUUGGUCAAGAGAUAUCCAAUGUGGUUAAUACCGUCUGAUUUUGCCAAGAGAUAUCCGUGUGCUUGAUACCGUCUGCUUUUGUCAAGCGAUAUCCAGUGUGCUCAAUAUCGUCUUGUUUUGUCAGGAGAUAUCCAAUGUGGUUAAUACCGUCGGGUUUUGUCAGGAGAUAUCCAAUGUGGUUAAUACCGUCUGGUUUUGUCAAGAGAUAUCCAGUGUGCUUGAUACCGUCUAGUUUUGACAAGAGAUAUACAGUGUGCUUGAUACCGUCUAGUUUUGACAAGAGAUAUCCAGUGUGCUUGAUACCGUCUGGUUUUUGUCAAGAGAUAUCUAGUGUGCUUAAUACCGUCUGGUUUUUGUCAAGAGAUAUCCAGUGUGCUUGAUACCGUCUGGUUUUUGUCAAGAGAUAUCUAGUGUGCUUGAUACUGUCUGGUUUUGACGAGAUAUCCAGUGUGCUUGAUACCGUCUCAUUCGGUCAGUUAUGACCGCACCCACCAGACCACGAUACGGAUGUUAACGAAAGCACGGUGUGUUUGGCCGCGACUUGUCACGGCGUUGGAAACGCUUACAGGAAGAAAUCUGCCUACUAGUGAAAUACGAAAUAAUAUUUAAUGCGUUUAUAAUCUCGAGUGAAAAUUUGAGUUUUCUCUGUGACAACCAGAAACGCUCAUUGGUAGCUAUAACUAUGAACAACUGUCCAUUUAUUUCGGCUGUGAUGCGCACAAAACGUAAACGCAUUAGAAUCUCAGUUUAAAUCGAAUUUUAAUGAUUUUCUUACUUUCACUUAAAAAAACAUAUUAUGGUUUUAUGUUCAGUUCUCUACAAUCUAAUUAAAAUUAGCUCCACUAUUACAUGU